AUGGUUUUAUCUAAAGUUAAGAACUUAAAUCCUCCACCUAGUGGUUCGUGUUUUUUUCUAUCUGCUCAUUCGCCAGUGAUAACUGCUUUUAGACGUUUUUGUAAAAGGACUACCUCUCCAGUAGUUCCUGAACCCGCAAAAGGGUCUAAAACUAAACCAUUGGGAGGGCAUCAGAGUUGGAUGAUUUUUUGGAAAAGUUUGAGAGGUUUAACUCCAAUUAAUUGUUUUUCUACUCUUUCUCUAAGUUCAUUGGUAGCAAUUGCUGAACUACCUCCAAAUUUACUAUCGAGGGAUACCGAAACUAGUUCUUCCUCAUUUCAAUAA